AUGAAUGAACGAUUAGUUGAAGAGCAAUAAAAGACAAGUGGUAUAGGUGGAUAUCAAAAGAAAUGCUUCGAGCAUACGAAAUAUAACGAGGUUAAAGGAAUUAUAAGCUAUGAUACUGCAUUGUAAUACAGAAAAGAAAAUGUCCCAGAAAAAAUAAAUAAAGUAAAACAUGACAAUUAUCACAAACCCUAGGAAUAUGUCGCUAGAAAUAUAACAUAUUGUAUGAAUUAACAUUAGAGUAAGAGAAUCAUCUUGCCUCAAGACAUCAAGUACAAAAUACAUUAACUCAGACCUAAAUAAAUUAUGUUUCCAAGUGACUCAUAGCAGAGUUUAUACAUUAAUGAUGAAUACUCCUAGCAAAAAAACAGAUUUUCUUCUGAUAACAGAAAAAAUAAUACUAGUCAAAAGCAAAGAGUAAAGUUAGUCAUGGUAAUUUAUUAUUUAAUUUACAUUAUUAAGGAGGAGAGAAGGAAAAAGCUGUUAUUUAAUGUUAAUCCUGCAGUAAAUGCUCCAGUUAUCUAAAAAACUUUCUCAAUGCAUGAACUUAGGAGUUCAAAUCUUACCGGCAUGGCUAAUAACAGAGCAUAGUCUUAAUCUAAGAAUUUCAGAACAGUGAAAAAUUUACCUGAUAAGCAGCAAACUGAUCUACUACGAGAGAUAUAAAAUUCUAAAAUGGUUGGAUAUUCAAGAACAAUGAAUAAGAACUAACUUGGAUCUUAAAGCCCUAGAAGCCCUGGCUAGAAUUAGUUUCAAUUCUUUUAAAGUGAGGAAGAUUUGCAUGAAGCUUACCAAAAGGCAGUGAGAUUUGAUGGAUUAAAAUUAUUGAGUCCCCCAAUGUUGAACCUUGACAACAUAAGUAGACCUAUGACUUCUUAAGUGCUAAACACUUAAAAUAGUGACUUCAAGUAUACUAUCUCAGACAAGUUAUCACAUCUAGAACCCUUUGAAUUCCCAGAAGGACUCGUCUAAACUCAAGUAAGAUAGCUAAAGCCAGAAUAAACUAUGAAAUUGAGAUAGCGAAAUAAAAUCUUUAUGGAUAGGCUUAUUUCUGAUAAUAAAGCUGGAAUACUCAUGAAACUUUAAUAUGAAAUCGUUGUUAAAAAUCUGGAAUAAAUUUCUCAUGAACUAGAGACAGGACAUUAGAUUAGAGAACAAAGAGUUAAGAUGGUUGGAGAUUUUAAUAAUAUUUUAAAGAAAUUCUUAAAAAAACUUGCUGAGAGAUUCUGGGAAAUGGAAUAAAAAUAAACCUAGUUGUAAAAUGAAGCUAUUCAAGCAUAGCAGGAAAAAGAUAUAUAUCAUGAAUAGCUGAAGGCAUUUUAGAAUAGUGAUUUUAACCCAGGAGAAAAAGUAAACUUGAUUACUAAGAUAAAAAAAUUAUAACAUCAGUUAUAAGAAGGCUAACUUGAUGAAUACACAAAAGAAGUUGAAAGAUUGAACCAGCUAGCAAAGAGUGAGAAUGAUCAGACUUCUCAUUUUUAAGAUAAAAUUAGGGGAUUCAAUGACUUGAUUUAGAAACUUGAUAAUGAUCUUAAAUCAAAAGAUAAACUUAUAGUCAAGCUUUAGUGGAGUAAGGGAGAGAUUAAAGACCAAAUUUUUGAAAGAGACAAAGUUAUUGAAGAUUUAAGUAAAAGACUCAAUGAUCUUGAAUAGAGAAAUGGGAUAAUGGAAAAGGAGAUGAAAGAAAAUCUAGAAUUAGUAGCAUUAAGAGAAAGUUAAUAUGAGUCUAAAAAAUAAGAAUUAUACAAAUUAUAGGAAGAAUUCAAAAGGAAAUGUGAAACUUUUGAUACUCUAAGAGCAGUAGCUAAAGAGAUUCAAAGGAAAAAUGAAGAAUUAGAAAAAGAAGUUUGGAUGGGGAAGGGUGGUACUAAAGAAAGUGAUCCUAUUGGUGCUGAGGUACUAUUAGAUUAAUUUUUAUUUGGAAGUUAAAACCCUUAUGCACUUUCAAACAAUACAAAAUUAUCAGUCAUAUUAAGAGGAAAAGAGCUAAGAAUCGGAAACUCUAGUCUUGAAUAAAAUUUGAUCAAGGAUGCUGAUAUGAAGAAAAUUGAAACCGCUGAUGAAAAUGAUAUUAAUAACAUCAUUCAAGCACCUCAAGAUAUUGGAGACAAUUAGACAAUAAUAAAUUUUAAGGAUUUCCCACUCUACUCAUACUUUUAUGGUAGACCAAACUUCAUAAUAUUCCUUGAUCAUCUGAUAAGGGAUCCUAGUGUGGUUUAUACAUAAAAUGAUCCUCCAAAGAAACUUAAAUUUGAUCCUCCAUUUACAUAAUGGUUAUUUGCAACUUGUAGAGCUAUUCUAGACUCAAAGUAUUUUGAGUAUGUACUGUAUGAGGAUAUAGGUUUCGCAAAUGUUUCUAGACUAGCUGAUUUUGCAUAUUCAUGGCUUGGCUAGUUUAGAGUUGACGAAAGUACAAGAUCUGUAAGAAAAUUAGAUUUUGAGGAGAGAGAAAGAGCAGAUGAAUACAGAUUGCAAUUUGCGAUAGGUUUGCAAAGUGUUAAGGCUUCUAGAAUGUGGGAAUACUAGAUAUUUAAUGAUUUUUUACUAGAAAAAAACUCUCAUGAUGAGCUCUUUUUUUAUUUACACUGUAGACAAAUCUUGUUCAGAGGACCUUAAUUGCUUGACAGUUCAAGUACUCAUGAAAGAGUUUUCAACUUAGAUAUCAAGAGGAUCUAAGGAGCGAUGGAUAUAAUUUUUAGUAAAACUCCUGUAAUUGAAAGAGAUCAAAUGUUAAAACAUAUUAAGUCCAUUUCUAAUGACUAUUAAACAAUACUUUUAUAGCAACAAGCAAAGAGAGAUGAAAGAGCUAAACAAACGUUAGAAAAAUUAAUGAAAACUAGAUAAGAGGAGGAGAAAAAUGGAAUUAACAAGAAGGAAUUCGAUGCUAUUGAUGUAUAAAUAGUACUUCGAAUAUUCUUGGAAUAUUAUGUUAGAGAAAAAAAAGUAAGAGCCUGUAUCUUAAAGAGGUUGUUUGAAGAGUAACCUAGACUUGGUACCAGUUCAAAAGCAGGAAUAAGUUUUUUGUCCUUUAGGAAAGUAAUGGAACAAUACGAUCCUGAAAUGCUUGAUUUAGAUAUUGCAACCAUGUACAGAGAUGCCUGGACAGCUGGAAUAGGAGUUGUAAAUUUUGACUCAUUCUUUUUAACAGCUAAUGAGAAAUCUUUUUUCCUUAAGACAGUAAGAUUCAUGUCGUUUAAUACACCACCUCAAAUGAACUCCUAUGAGGAAUUCGACUUGGAGAAUAAGUAUAAUUAAAAGCUAGACUAUAUAUACAAUCUGUGGAGGAAAGAGGAAAAUAUGUUUAUAAACUUUAAAAAGAGGAUGGAAGAAACUGGAAAUGAACUGAUGGUAGCUAAGUUUAACAAGCUUGAAGAUCUGAUAAGAAAAAAGAGUUAGCUUGAUCUCAGUAUGUAUAGGGGUAGAGAUUUGAUUUAAAUCUUUAGAAGGCUUUGGUAGUGGAUGCUGUUCUAUAGAUCUAGCUACAUGGAGGUUUAUGAAAAGGAAGAAAAUUGUAGCAAUCAUUUAUCAGAUUUAGAUGUUAUAAAAUCUGAAUUCUCAACCUAUGGAAUAUUAGGGGAAAGGAUAUUCAGGGAAAUAGCAUUAGUUAAAGCUUAACAAUUAAAAAGAUCAAAUCAAAUCAAGAAGAUACAAAAGAUAUAUAGAGAGUAGAAGAACUAAGAAUGGGAAUAGCUUCAAUAAAAAUUAUUUAGCUGA